GUCCUCCGGAUCUGAAGCAAAAUCCUUAAAAUCAAGAGUUGGCCUAAUUAUAGAAAAAGUAUGUUAAGGGAAACCGUUGGUGAUUUCAAAAUGAAAAACCGUUAGCUUAUCAAUAUAAUACAGCUUUGUGUCCUCCUCGAACCCUCUCAUGCCCUUCUAUAAGCAGCCUUGGGCCUUUUCCAAGGUUUUUGUUUUAGCCAUGGCUAAACCUCCGUCCUUUGGCUGCUGCUUCUUCCUCUUAUUCUUCUCCUUCUUAUCUUCUUCCUUUGUCACAUUUGCCUUAACCGAUACAGAAGCUGCCUUCAUUGUGCAGCGACAGCUCUUAAUGUUACCAGAGAAUGGCGAACUUCCUGAUGACAUUGAAUACGAGGUUGAUCUCAAGGCUACAUUUGCCAACACAAGGCUCAAGAAAGCUUACAUAGCUCUUCAGGCUUUGAAAAAGGCAAUAUAUUCAGACCCGUUUAACACCACGGGAAACUGGCAUGGGUCGCACGUAUGUAGCUACACCGGUGUGGUUUGUGCGCCAGCUCUUGAUGAUUCUGAGGUCACGGUUGUAGCUGGUGUUGACCUCAACGGUGCGGAUAUCGCAGGGCAUUUGCCUGCUGAGCUUGGUUUGAUGACGGAUGUUGCUAUGUUCCAUUUGAAUUCAAACCGGUUUUGCGGGAUUAUACCUAAAAGCUUUGAGAAGCUGAAGCUAAUGCACGAAUUCGAUGUCAGUAACAACCGUUUCGUUGGAUCUUUCCCUAACGUCGUCCUCUCUUGGCCUGAUGUCAAAUACUUCGACCUUAGGUUCAACGAUUUCGAAGAUCAAGUCCCUACUGAGCUUUUCAGGAAACAACUCGACGCCAUUUUCUUGAACAACAAUAGAUUCACCUCGGUGAUUCCUGAAUCUCUAGGGGAAUCUCCGGCCUCGGUUGUGACUUUUGCUAACAACAAAUUCACUGGUUGUAUCCCUAAGAGUAUCGGCAAUAUGAAGAAUCUCAACGAGAUUGUCUUUAUGGACAAUGCUUUGGGAGGUUGUUUUCCGUCCGAAAUCGGCAAGUUAUCGAAUGUAACAGUUUUCGAUGCAAGCAAGAACUCGUUCAUUGGUCGUCUCCCGACUAGCUUUGUCGGGUUGACCGGUGUGGAGGAAUUUGAUAUCUCCGGGAACAAACUCACAGGACUUGUACCGGAUAACAUUUGCAAGUUGCCUAAUUUGGUGAACUUCACUUACUCGUACAAUUACUUCAAUGGACAAGGUGGUUCGUGUGUUCCAGGUGGUGCUCGCAAGGAAAUUGCAUUGGACGACACACGUAAUUGCUUGCCUGCUCGACCUGACCAACGAUCUUCCCAGGAAUGUGCUGUCGUGAUUAACCGCCCAGUUGAUUGUAGCAAGGACAAGUGUGCUGGUGGCGGAGGUGAUGGCUCUUCAACUCCAUCGGAACCAUCGCCGGUUCCAUCUACGCCGGUUCACAAACCAUCGCCAGUUCCAACUACACCGGUUCACGAACCAUCGCCAGUAUACAAACCAUCGCCGUUUCCAACUACGCCGGUUCACAAACCAGCGCCAGUUCCAACUACUCCGGUUCAAAAACCAUCGCCGGUUCACAAACCAUCUCCAGUUCCAACUCCGGCAGUUCCAUCUCGGCCGGUUCAAAAACCACAACCGCCAAAAGAGUCACCGCAACCGGAUGAUCCUUAUGAUCAAUCUCCAGUGACGAAAAGGCGCAGCCCUCCUCCACCUCAAUCACAACCUCCGCUGGUUCAUUCUCCGCCUCCGCCUCCUGUGCACUCUCCGCCACCACCGGUACACUCUCCACCACCGCCGGUGCACUCUCCGCCACCACCGGUUCAAUCUCCGCCACCGCCUGUUCACUCUCCACCACCGCCGGUGUAUUCGCCACCGCCGCCGCCUGUCUACUCUCCCCCACCUCCCGUCUUUUCGCCACCGCCGCCAAUCUACUCCCCGCCGCCACCACCGGUCCAUUCGCCACCGCCACCUGUUCACUCGCCACCACCCCCUCCGGUUCACUCCCCGCCGCCACCGGUUCACUCUCCGCCGCCACCAGCACCUGUUAACUCACCGCCACCACCGGUCUUGUCUCCUCCAGCUAACCCGCCAAAGGCCAGUCCACCACAACAGACACCAGUCAAACCGUCGCCAUCGCCAGUCCAACCUUCACCAACACCAACGGUCUUUUCGCCACCGCCGUCACAAUCUCCGCCAAGACCACCGAAGAUCAACUCCCCAACGGCUCAAGCACCAGCUCCAAGUGAUGAUGAUUUCACCAUACCAACGUUCAUCGGCCACCAAUACGCAUCCCCACCGCCGCCAAUGUUCCCAGGCUACUAAUAUCAGUCGGAAGAGAAAAGAAGAAGAAGAAGUCUAUAUAUGAGUAGCAGCAGCUCUGCAUCGUCUUUGGACUAUUUUGUAAACAAAUAAGAAAAAAAUUGAGGAAGAAGAAGAGAAACGGUAAAAAAGAAGAUGCAAAAAAAGAAAGAAGGGUAAUGUAAAAAGAGUUGUUGUUGUUACAACAGGUCGCAUAUAUUUAUUUUGUACAUCACAACUUCUUAUGGUCGAUUAAACUUCUAAGCAAAAGAGUUUGUUUUCACACUCUUCUCUUCUUCUAAGUUACUAUCUAAUGGUUUAUCAUU